AUGUUGUCGCAGUCGCUCCAAACCCCGCGCCGUUCAUCGCGGAAACCCAACCUCUCUCUCAGCCUUCCAGUCGUUGCCGAUGAUUUCCGUAGAGUCAACGCAUCCGGGCCGCCUCUCGACAAACGAGCCUCCGAGGCUCCGCCGGGUGCGCGACGAUUAGACAACCGUCAUCGCGACGCGGCAUUGGACACCAAACCGUCGCUGGCCGCUGCGACCUCAGUUCACGUCACCGGUGACGCCGCGGGUGGCACGACGGGCCGCGACGCGACGCAGCUCUCGUCGUAUGCAGGAGGUUCUCCGCGUUUGUCCGCUGAACUGGCGGCUCCCGCCAGAUCGUCCGCUGGCCAGCGGCGGUCCAGGCGGGCGAGAGAUGAUCGGAUCAGGGCGACGGAGGGCCCCUGCGCGAACAGUUCUUCCCGCGGUCGGGCCGUCGCAGGCGAUACGUGCAAGCCGUCGGAUGGGCCGUCCGUCUGCAGCCCAGAGGCGAUAGCUUCCCCCGUCUCAUUCUGCACCGCGCAGGAGGCAACAGCACCGCUUACGGCCGCCACGGGUACCGACGCUAUGCCAGUCAGCAGCACGCAAGGCAGCAGACUUGGACUGGCUGUUACCAGCGAUUCCGCUGCCCUUACCAGCCCAACCACCCCCCGGCUGUCCCCGCGUCCUCCCCCCUCCUCGCGCCCUCCACCGUCCCCGCAACUGCUUCGCUCGCCAGUCUCACGCGCAUCUGCAGGCACACCUGCACUCGACCAGCGCGCCGCCACCACCCUCGCAGCACGGCGAGCGCUUGAAACACCCAUUCCUCCUCUGAACGUGCCGUCCCCCACGCGUGUCACGCCCGUGAAGUGGCAGCCGCCGUCCCCCACGGCGGUGCGCAGCCCGCACGCGGAGCUGAUUCAGCAGCGCGCGGCGGAGGCCAGGGCGCGGCAGGCGCACAUGGACGAGGCGUGGGGAGCGCUGCUGCUGCGCGAUGAGCAGCACGGCUGCUCCGCGUGUGGGCCCUCCAAGGGCGCAGCAGGCGAGUGUGCUGCGGAUUCUUUGCCCCUGACUGCUGGUGGUGCUUCGAAGACGUCCUGGGGUGCUUCCUGGCAGCUUCUGAUGGCGUCGGGGCGGAGCCUCAAGGGAUGGAAUGGGGGCUCAACGGCAGCCAAGGAUAGUGACAUUAAUGGAGGUGUUCCUAGAGGGGAUGAGUUGGGGAGGCUGAGCGGCGGUGCAGAUGAGAGUGGUGGCGAUGAUAAACCUGCUGGCAGCAUUGUGAGAUCCAAGACACUUGGACAUGCAGCGCACACCUCACAGGAGGCACCUGUGGCAUGUGCAGCACAGGGCGACCUCCAUUCGUUGUCAUGCAGUCCCACUCUCAGCGCACGCCGGGCCAUUGGAACGUCCACCGAGGCAAGGACACUUUCGGUCAGCAGCAGCAGUCUAGUGGCUGACGACGACGGGGGCAGCAUCCCUGCUUCCCCCAUUGGGGUCAGCACGCGCCACUGCAGCUCGCUCGAGUGCUCCACAAUCUACUCCUGCGCCAUUCCCAGCCCUGAGACAUCAGCCUCCACCACCCAAUCAGUGCGUGUGAAACGGCACCCUGGGACUGCUACACGGUGUCUGUACAGGAGAGGCACGCCACGGAAGUUAUCCUCCUGCUCCAAUCUUCCCCAUUUGCCAGCAGCAGCAGCACCGGCUCUCCACACACCAGCAACCACCGUCGCUGGUGCUGCAAAUGCCGCAGCAACCUCAUGUGGUGGGGAUCCAGGCACACAACUCCCUGUUGCCUCCGCUGAUGAUUCCUCGCCUGCAGCUGCACUACCGAGUGCAUCGCUUCCACAUCGCAGCUUCUCAUCUUCCAUGCUCUCUGCACCGCCCCUGCUGCCUGUCUCGCCAAAUGCUGAGACGGGGGAGAAGGGAACGAGGCCGUCACAGAUGCGCAAGAGGGUGUCGUUCAACUCGAUGUUUUCUCAUCAAGCGAGGCGAGGACUAGUCAUCUCCAUGGCGCGAUCUCUUCACACGCCGUGCCUCAAGCCACUUGCCGAGCCGCGCCAUGCUCCGCGCAUGUUGCGCGCACGCCUGUGUCAAGAGCGAGUGCAUUCGUUCCCGCAGAUUGGUUCCGCCAUUUCGGUUAGAAGAUCGCCUGUUGGCCACGUGACUGCUCUCCGCGUCACGUCAAAUUCCGCGAGCCCGAGAGUCAGCGUCGCGGACCACAGACGCUCGUUUUCCGGCAGCGUGAGCGCGCCGAGCCUCCAUCGCUCCCCUUUGGGAACUUUCUCCGUUUCUUCUCAUGCAGCAGCUUCGGGAAAUGCCACCACAACAUCUGACGUGGCAGCUGAUGUCAGCGGUGUUUGCAAGCCGGAGUUCGCUGCUGAGCUGGCAGCAGCAGUCGAUGUGGUAGAGAGGGCAUGCCACGUGUGCCUUGCUGUGAGGGAGCAGAUGGUGUUGGAGGAGCAGGGGGGGUACAGCAGCGGCAGUGAGAGCGAGGGCGGUAGCAGCAGGGUGGACAAGAAGGACCGCUCGCCCGUCACUGUUGCUGACUUUGCCGUGCAGGCACUUGCUGCUCUCGAGCUGGCCCGCCAGUUCCCCGGCGUGCCCCUGCUGGGCGAGGAGGACGCCUCUCUGCUGCGCGCCCACCUCGCUGCCCCCUCUGCCCCCACGCCUUCGCCACCAGCGGCACAGGCAGACACUGUCGCUGCUAUGGGUUCAGCCACUGCAGCAGCAGCAGGCGGUGCGGCCAGUAGCGUAGCAGCGGGGGCAGCCGGGGCAGCAGGGACAGCGGGGGGAGGGGAGCAGGGGCCAUCCCUGGCGGAGAGGGUCACGGAUCUCGUUCUCUGCUUCGCCUCGCCCCACGCCCUUGCCGUGGCAGGCGCAGGGGCAGGCGCUGAGGAGGGGAGUGGGGGGCGGGUGGCAGCAGUGGAGGCGGUGCUGGCAGCCAUUGAUGCCGCUGCUGCUGCCACCUACGACCUCCAUGCUGCCGCUCGUGCUGCUCCCAGGCACCGACGAUACUGGGUGUUGGAUCCCAUCGAUGGCACGCGGGGCUUUCUCAGGGGCCGCCACAACCAGUACGCUGUGGGCUUGGCGCUCAUCCAGGACGGAGAGCUCGUCCUCUCAGCCCUUGGCCUCCCCAACAUGCCCCUGCCACGUGGCACCUCCUCACCCACUCAAUCUACUGGUGACGUUGCGGGGUCUGCAGGAGCUGACGAGGGUGACGUGGAGAACGAUUCAGAAGAUGACAUGUGGCAGAGGCCACGUGGAUGGCCGUCGCUGCCCCUCGCAAAAGGCCUGGAAGCCGCCGCUCCGCACGCCUCGCAUGUCACCGUGCUGCCGCUCUGCUGUGGCAGUCUGUGCAAGUACGCGGCAGUGGCACUGGGCUAUGCAGCAGUGUUCAUCCAGCACCCGCUGUCAGGCAGCCCGCACCUCAAGGUGUGGGACCACGCUGCUGGCGUGCUCUGCGUCACCGAGGCAGGCGGACAGGUAACCGACUUCGCAGGGCAAUUGCUUGACCUCGGUGGGGAAGCGGGGCAGGGUGAUCAGGAAGCGGCACAUGCAGCAGCAGCACAUGCACCCGAAGAAGGAGGCAAUGAUGGAAGCAGCGGCAGUGAUGGCAGCUUGGCGUAUUUCAGUCCGCAUGGAGGGGGGGUGGUGGCCACCAAUGGUGUGCUGCAUGCUCAAGUACUGCACCACCUGGCAACAGGCCUGCGAAUGCGAAGAUCGUAG